AUGGUUUCCGAACAGGAUUUUAUCCAGCAUCCUUCUCACAGAGAGAUCCUCGUGCGGAACCUGACCACAGAGGAAGAGUAUCUGUUCACCUACGAGAAUUGGCUAUCCAAGACCAAAGGGCCCAAAAGGACGAAGGUGUGUGAGCUACCGGCAGUGGUGGACGACGAGGAGAUGGUGGAGAAAACAACUUACAUCAUCCAAGUCCAGACCAGCGAUGUUGGAGGUGCUGGUACUGAUGCCAACGUGUUUUUGAUCCUGUUCGGGGAGUACGGAGACACCGGGACGAUGGCUCUGAAGGAGAGCACCAACAGGAACAAGUUUGAGCGAAAAAUGAAGGACGUGUUUAGGUUUCCUGACAUGCUCAGUCUGGGAGAGCUGUCCAAAGUCCGAGUGUGGCACGACAACACAGGCCCAGCUCCUGGCUGGCACUUGGAGUACAUCGAAGUGAAAGACGAGGCCAUGGACCAGACGUUCAGGUUCCCCUGCGACCGUUGGUUGGCUAAAAAUGAGGACGACAGGCAGAUUAUAAGGGAGCUGGCUUGUGCCAACAAUGACACCAUCGACCUCAGUGAUAAAACCAAAUACGAAAUCGCCACAACGACUGCGAACACAGACGACGCCUCCACCACAGAAAACGCCUGGAUCGUGUUGGAGGGAAGGAAAGCUCGUUCCAAAGAGUUCGUUCUGGAGAAUAAGAAAAAGAAUGAGGCGUAUUCCUUAAAAAUGUUGACCUUUCACAGCGGUGCCACUGACUCAUUUGAGUUCUCAUCCAAGCACUUGGGGGAAAUUGCCGGUAUUUGCCUUGGCCACAUAACAAAGGAUGGAAAGAAGGUGAAGAAGGAAGUCUUUUGGCACAUUUUGGAGGUGGUGGUGACAGAGAUGGAGCUGGGAAACAAGUAUUUCUUCCACUGUGAUGCCCAAAUCCCCCUGGCAGCCAAAAAGGACCAGUUCCUGACCUUUGAGUGCUAUAAAUCUGUUGAGAGCUUCGCAAGCAAAGUGCGCAAACUGGUCCCUGUCAAAUACGAAAUCAUCGUCAUCACCGGGGACGUCAAAAGCGCCGGAACUGACUCCAAUGUGUUCAUCACCAUCUACGGUGUCAACGGUGACUCGGGCAGGCGACAGCUGAGGCAGAAGUUUCGCAACCUUUUCGAGCGGGGCCGGACAGACCGCUUCGUUCUGGAGAUGCUGGACCUUGGGGAGCUGCUGAGAAUCAAAGUGGAGCACGACGGCAGCAGUUUCAACUGCGGGUGGUUCUUACAGUGCGUGGAGGUGACAAACACGGCCAACUCAGUCACAACCAUCUUCCAGUGUGGAAAGUGGCUGGAUCGGGAGAAGGCUGAUGGACAGAUCCUCAGAGUGCUUUAUCCCAGAUAUUAG